AAAAAGAAGCGAGAAUUUUUCUGCGGAUGCGGUUGAUGACUUCCAUCGAUUUUUGCAUAAUUCGGUUUUAUUAUUUAAGUAUUUAGGAGAUAUCAUAAUUAUGUUGAGUUUUCGCUUACUAACCGCACUUGGCUCCACUCGUUCGCAAUCUCUUAACAGUCAAAAUCUACGAUUUGUAGUCAAUAAAUCAAAUGAAUUUACAAUUGCCCGCCGCAGUUUUUCGAAGACCUUAAAGGACGUGGAAAGUGGAAGUGCAACUAAAAAGUCACCGAAUGGCACGUUUAAGUUGACGUUGUUAGGUGCAUGCAUUGGCGCUGUCGCUGGAUCUACAUAUACGCUGUACACACGAAUAUGUGAUAAGAAUUCGCACAAAGAGCACGAGCGAACGCCGCCGAAAGUCAUAGAAUACUUCCCAGCGGACGUGCGCAUCACAAAGCGUUUCACAAAUCCCAACGAUACUUCCGGCCUAGAUAUAGUGCUAUUUCAAUAUCAGACAUGUCCAUUCUGUUGUAAAGUGCGUGCGUAUCUGGAUUACAUGGGUAUCUCCUAUUCUGUUGUGGAAGUGGAUGCGGUGCUUCGACAGGAUAUCCGAUGGUCAGAUGUUAAGAAGGUGCCAAUGGUAUUGAUUCGCCAGCAGGAUGGAAAAUAUGUUCAGAUGACGGACUCCAGUGCCAUUAUUUCCCUUGUCGCUUCCAGCCUCCACGACAAGCGCAUCGACGUGGGUGAGCUUGCUCAAUUCUAUCCACAGAUUUCCUACUUCGAUGAUAAUGGCAAAAAGCGUCAAGAUAUAUUGAACAAAUACUUUCUAAUGUACCAGGAUCGCACACCCAAAAAUAUGACUAGAGAAAUCGAAGAAACCGAACGCAAGUGGCGAACCUGGGCAGAUAAUCAUCUAGUACAUCUUAUAUCACCCAAUUGCUAUCAGACUUUUGAAGAAGCACUGGAGACUUUUGAGUGGUUUGCAUUGGCCGGCGAAUGGGAUAUCCAUUUUCCUAAAUGGGAGCGUGACUUAAUGGUUUAUUGCGGAGCGACAGCAAUGUGGGUAAUAGCUAAGAUAUUGAAGCGACGACAUCAGCUCACCGAUGAUGUCCGCUCUCAUAUGUAUGAUGCCCUAAACAAGUGGACGGCGGAACUUAAAAAGCAAAACACUAAGUUUAUGGGCGGUAAAAAGCCGGGGCUUGCGGAUCUUUCAGUGUUUGGCGUGCUUAGCAGCAUGGAAGGUUGCCAAACAUUCAAGGACUGCUUGCAAAAUACAAACAUUGGUAAAUGGUUUUACGAUGUCAAGGAACUAGUUCAGCAGAAUCGAGGUAAAUUGCUUAGGGAGCGCAUAGUUGGUGUGCCAGCAUUAGCACAGUAAAAAUUAUUAUGUAAAGCAAUUACGCCCAAAGAUUAAAAAUUGUUGA